CGUGUACAUCAAUAAUAAGUUGAAAAAACAAACCACAAAACUGGAAAAACUCGCUCAAAUGCUUCUUAUAACAUUGAUUUGACAAUUUCCGCAGUGAAUGUGUCAUAAUAAUGUGACAGCCAUUAUUAUUCUUGUCUUGGAUUGAAAACAACGCUCCCUUGUGUUCGGAUGGACCCGUGUUCAACGUUUUUGAGGUUAUUGUUCCAUUGCGAGUUUUUUUUCGGAGCCGUAUCCACGAGUGAUCUCUAAUAAAUAGAAGUUUUUGUUAUAACGAAAAUUAGGAAGAAAGUUAAAGAAAAAAAAAAGAAAAUGCCGUUCAUGAUAGGAAGAGCGCCGAUUAGGCGAACACUUCCUUAUUUAGAAGCUGGAAAAUUAGUUUUAAAAGACAAUAUUCAAAUAAUGACGAUAAAUUAUAAUACGUUUGGGGAUCAUCAUCAGGGAGCGAAGGAAUUUGUAUUUUGGAGGCUGCCACAGGUUCAAUACAAAAAUCCACAGGUUCAGAUCAACGUAUUCAAGAACAUGACUCCCUCGCCAUUCAUUCGGUGUUUUUACGAUACAGGAAAAAGAAUGCUAAUAGAUAUCGAUGGUCGAACUAGUGACGAGAUCUAUGCACACUUGAUGAGAGUAAUUGGUAAAUCAAAAGAAGUUCUGGAGAGAGAAACCAUUGCAGCGGAGAAGAAAGAAAAUCCGGCGAAUAUUGGAAAUGGCUGCUUGAAACACUGCAUGUGCGAGGUCCCUGGGCAGCUGCCAUGUCCCAGUGUAGUCCCAUUACCUUAUCACAUGAGAGGAAAAUACAGACAUGGCCCUCCGGAAUUUUAAAAAUAAUUUAAUCGAAUAGCUUUCACGUUAAACAUGGAAACUUUUUACAACUACUUAUGUGUCACUAAAGCAAGUUUAACAUUUUCUCCACAGGUUGUUUAAUUCCAAGAUAAUCACGCAAUUGACAGAGAUUUCAUGUUCAACGUGACUCAUUUUGUUAAUUGUAAAAUUAUUUUAAGAAUGGGGGUUGCGAAGGAAAUCAUCUACAGACCAUAAAUGCUUGAAUUUUCCUCAGCUAUGGAAGUGGUUCCGUGAGAAUUGUUUUCUAUAAUUCCUCAUUACUUAGAUAGUUAUACCAUUGCACAAUUUGAUUACUUUCCCACUGAAUUAGGUUUAAAUUGAAUUAAUGAUUGGUUUCCACUCUUUAAUUAGGUCUUUUAUUACCAUCCGUCAAAAAUUAUUAUUAUCAUCAGUAAACGCCUCAAUAGCUUAUGAAAAUACACUUGAGUUGAAUAAAUAAUUGUACAUUGAAGGAGUA